UGCCGUGGGCAGCUGUGGCAACGCAGCGCAGCAAUCAGGAUUUGCUGGUGCUGCAGCUCUUGAAGUAGGUGAAGGCCUGAUGGGCACCAUGAGCUUGACGUUUGCAUCAUUGGGGUCUGGCUGACCUGCGGAUGGAUGGACAAUGGUCUGGUGAUGCAUCGCAUAGAUCUACUUUUGCUUUGGCUCCCAUUGGACCACAUAUCCACUAUGGAAUCCAGCCUGGCAGCAAUCAGUGUUCGCUUGGGUUCAUUUGGACUUUGGAACGGUUCUUGGCUUCUUGCGGCUGGGGCUGGCGCUCUCUGAGCCAUCAGAGUCUUGUGAAGAUUCAGAGCUGCCUGGUUCACUAUCAUAGGAACCACUUUCAUCAGGUGCAUUGUAGCGGCAAAGCAUGGCUGUGCAAUGGCAAGUAUUGGGUUGUUACUCUUCGCAAACCCUUUGUACUCCAUGUAUUUUUGGUCACUACAUCCAAUGUGAGGUGUUGUGAAGGUUUGGCACAUGAAUAAGAGUACAGAAUAUGUGGGAACAAAUCGAGCUAUCAGCUACAGCUUGCACUUGUGAACUAUCUAUCAACAAAAGAAUGUUUGAUGCAAAAGCAAAACAGUAGCUUUCCAGUC